AUGAAGGUGGCGACGAAAGUCGCAAAAGUGACGCUUGAGCGUCUAGACGCGGAAAAGGUCUCCGCAACAGACUCGGACGGGAGUGUUACCUCUGUCCGGUCCAUGCGCUCAGCCCGGUCAAUGCGCUCAAAUCGGUCUCGAUCACGCUCACGCUCCCCAGCGAGUGAGAGCAGCUUCUGGAGCAAGAGAAGGCGCCUUUCGAAUGAAAGGUCGCGAUCUAGGUCGCCGAAUGUUGACGAUGGUCCUAGUACAUCGGCAAGCGCGGGCAAUAAGGCGAAACGCGAAAAACUUCGCCUUCGCGACGAAGAAGAGGCGGAGGACUUGUGUCUGUCUUAUAAAACCCGCCAAUUAAGACUAUCGGAAAUGUCUACUGACGAGGAUGUGAACCUCGAUGAUCGCGUCCGUGUCAGCCUAGAAACCAUUGACAUGGUGGCCCAAAAGUCCAGUCAUCUUAAGGGUACCUUUCAAAAGGCUCUAAAGGAAUCAGCCAAGGAAAUGAAGAAGGUCUUUGAGGAGCUUAGGACACACACGGUAUCCGACGAAACCCGACAACUAGUGGCACAGAACAAGCGCCUUAAAGCGGAACUAGCAGAUGUCCGUUCUGAGCUCCGAAAAAUUCGCGAGGACAUGCAACGCUUCGAAAUGUCACAUCGGAGUUCGCUUCCCCUAGAGGAAAUGAACGUGGUUCAAUCUGCGCCGUCGGGAUCUCAUCCACCGGCGCCAUCCAAAAAGAAGGCUAAGUCUAACGAACCUGCGGCCCUGGACAUAGAGAGCAUUGUCCGGGCUGUUACAACUCAAGUAGGUAGCAUGAUUAAUGCUAGAUUUGAUGGUUUGGAGAAAGAAGGCAGACUAUUGCCAGCCCAAAGUCUCCGUCCACCUCUGGCAAGUGACAAGAGGAAAGAGUUGAUUUCUAACGUCAGCGUCAUUCAAAAGCCCGCGAUGCCAGUGGCCCCUGUCGCUGGCAAGAAGGGUCCACCAAAUUAUACUGAAGAGCCGCAAAAGAUCAGCGGCAAAGGCAAGGGCAAAGGCAAGAAAAGCAUUGCCCCACAGCCCAUUGUCAGCCAGAGUACGGCAACCCUUCGGUCCCAUCCAGCGUCUCCAGGUCCCUCAACAGAGGAAGGAUGGCAAAAGGUGGGCCCCAAGGGCAAAAAGAAAAAGAAGGCGGCCAAUGCUGUUUCCAAAACACAACCGAAAGAGAAACAGCAACCAAAGAAGGUACGCAAACUAGUGCCCCCGCGUUCGUCAGCGGUGGUUCUGACACUGCUCCCAGAGGCAGUUGAAAGGGGGGUGACGUAUGCGAAUGUACUUACGGAGGCCAAGAGUAGGGUUGACUUGGCUGGACUCGGCAUUUCUGCAUUGCGAAUCAAACGCGCGAUCACUGGGGGCACCGUUCUAGAGGUCCCAGGAACUACCAGUGGUGAUAAGGCCGACCAACUGGCCAGAGCGCUUGCGGAAAAGCUGGGUCCAGAAGCUGUUCGUGUAUCAAGACCUGUCAAAUGCGCAGAGCUCAGGUUGACAGAGUUGGACGACUCAAUAACGCCCGAGGUGGUAGUAGCUGCGAUCGCCAGCGCCGGCGAGUGCUCAACAGACCUGGUAAAGACUGGUGAGGUUCGUCGCGGUAUUAGAAGACUCGGCACUCUGUGGGUGCGCUGCCCUGUUACCGCAGCCAAGAAAGUCACACAGGCUGGUCGCCUUGAACUCGGCUGGGGCCUCUCGGCUAAAGUUAGCCUUCUUGAAGAAAGACCCAUGAGGUGCUUUCGCUGCUUGCAGAUGGGGCAUGCUGGGGUUCAAUGCACAGCGACUGAAGACUACAGUAACCGCUGCUAUAAUUGCGGUCAACCAGGACAUAAGAGGUCAGCGUGCUCUGGAUCAACUCAAUGUAUCCUGUGUCAUGCUGCAGGCAAACCUGCGGACCAUAAAAUCGGGUCCAAAGCUUGCACCAACCCUAGCCCAAAGAAUACAAAACGCGCUGGCGAUGGCCCCCGGGCCCCCUCCCAGGCUGUUAUCCCUUCCACCGGUGCGGUGGAAGAAGAUGAGAUGGACAUUGUAACGACCGACAAUUAA